AUGUCUCUAGUUCUCCUCCUGACCUUUUGUUUGGGAAUGACCUCAGCUGCUCCAAGGCCUGAUGCUAGUCUUGAUGUUCAAUGGCUCCAGUGGAAGAUAAAAUAUGAGAAAAAGUAUAGCAUGAGUGAAGAGGAACACAGAAGAGCAAUAUGGGAGAAGAAUAUGCAAAUAAUUGAGCUGCAUAAUAAGGAAUACAGUGAGGGGAAACACAGCUACACCAUGGAGAUGAAUGCCUUUGGUGACCUGACCAAUACAGAAUUCAUGACACAUAUGAAUGGCUUUCAAAAGCAGACAAUCAAUAAAGUGAAACUAUUACAAAAACGUCAGACUCCUGACCUACCUAAGUCUAUGGAUUGGAGAGAGAAAGGCUAUGUGACUCCUGUGAAGGAUCAGGGUUCAUGUAAUUCUUGCUGGGCUUUUAGUGUAACUGGAGCCCUAGAAGGACAAAUGUUUCAGAAAACAGGCCAAUUGAUUGAACUGAGUACACAGAACCUCGUGGACUGUUCUCAAGCUCAAGGCAAUAUGGGCUGCAAUGGUGGCUCAAUAGAAUAUGCUUUCCAGUAUGUGAAGGACAACAGAGGUCUAAACACAGAGGACUCCUAUCCCUAUGAAGCACAGGAUGGACCCUGCAGACACAAACCUGAGAAUUCUACUGCUAAUGUCACAGGCAUUGUGAUGGUCUCACCUCAUGAAAAUGCCCUGAUGCAUGCAGUGGCAACUGUGGGACCCAUCUCUGCUGCAGUUGACACAGCCUUUGUUUCCUUCCGGUUCUAUAAGGAAGGCAUUUAUUAUGAACCAAAAUGUAGUAACACUUCUGUGUCUCAUGCUGUUCUGGUGGUUGGCUAUGGCUAUGAAGAAGAAGAAUCAAAUAACAAUCACUACUGGCUGAUUAAGAACAGCUGGGGUAAAUUUUGGGGUAGUGAUGGUUACAUGAAGAUAGCCAAAGACAGGGACAACCAUUGUGGAAUUGCCACAGUAUCCAGCUAUCCCACUGUAUGA